AUGUCUUACUGGAAAGGUCUCUAUUCCGCUAAAACUGCUCGACAGCCUACAGAACGUGAAACUGUACGCCAGGAUGACGAUGAUAAGCCUGAAGCUAUGAUAGCUAUUGCUUUGUCGGACAUGGAACAGCUCAUUAAGUCGUCUCGGUCGGGUCGUGUCACAUCAAGACCUAUUCGAGCACCAGGCUGUCAGUGUAGCUGUCAUUUGCUGAACGAUGUGACGAUUUCUCCACGGCAGGCUGUCUUUACUCCCCAAGGAGGCAUAUCUACACAUAAUCUGAGCAAUACGAGCAAAACACCUCUCGCUGUGAAAAUCACAUGCUCAGAUAAUGCGUUAUAUCGUGUCAGUCCUGUUUUUGCUAUUUUGGAGCCAGGACGAUGUAUACCAUUGAAUAUCGGCCGUCUGGAAGGGCCUGUGAAAAAAGAUAGAUUAUGCAUAUUACUGGUUGAAUACGACGGCAAAACGUCUGCAAAGGAUACAUUCAAGAGAACAGAACUUCAUCCAACAAACAUCUGCGUGCCGUUAUUAGUCGCUGAUGAGUGA